UACGAAAUAAACUCAAUAAAUAUAUUCAAAGCGAGUGUAGCAAAUUGCAUUAUUUCACCACGGACAAUGGCGGCGACUUGAAAACCAACCGCCGAUGCGGAGGCCGUGCCCGCUUUUGGUCACAGUUUCCCCAAUUUAUAUUUGUGGUGAGCUACCAGAACUCCGGGUUUACGAAUUCCAUCCAACACAUCAGGCAAGAUUUCCCGGCUGCUGGUCUCAGACCCUUUCAGUGCUUUUUAAACCAAAGGCAAGAGGUUAUCUUCAACCAGCUAUCUAUAUUUUCGAAAAGGCACAUAAGGGAAGAGUCUCAACUUUUCUGCGCGCGCGACCUCAACAAAAUCUCGAAGUAUUGGGUCCCCCAGCAAGCAAAAAUGACCGACAGCCUGUUCUCGAAAAAGUACAUUGAUGGCGUGUACAUUCCUUCGGGUCUCCUCAUCUUUGGAUGCUGGAUUGUGAAGAGCGAGUGGCUUCCUUAUGCCGUUGCUCUUGCAGUAACGUUGGGCGGCUACAAAUUUUGGAGCAAUAGUAAGUGCGAAACAUCAUGCGCAUGUUCCCUUUUGAGGCCGACCAGACGAAACUGACUUGAUUCACAGGAGCUCAAAUCGUCCUCAAGCCCAAAGAAUUCCAAAGUUUCGAACUCAAGGAGAAGACAAUCAUUUCGCACAAUGUUGCCAUGUCAGUUUUCCCCCACCAACCUUAUGCUUUUGCAUAAUUAACCCCUCCCCAGCUAUCGAUUCAGUCUCCCCUCCCCAACAGCCAUCUUGGGCCUCCCUAUCGGCCAGCAUAUCUCUAUUGCCGCAACUCUUAAACAACCAGAUGGCACGUCCAAGGAAAUUGUUCGAUCAUACACCCCGAUUUCCGGAGACCACCAACCAGGUUACUUUGACCUCCUCAUCAAAUCCUACCCAACCGGAAAUAUCUCCAAAUAUAUGGCAUCUCUCAUCGUUGGUCAAACAAUCAAGGUUCGAGGUCCUAAGGGUGCAAUGGUCUAUACUCCAAACAUGGUCCGUCAUUUCGGUAUGAUUGCUGGAGGAACUGGAAUCACCCCAAUGUUGCAAAUUAUCCGGGCAGUUAUUCGAGGACGUCCAACUGGUGACAAGACCCAGAUUGAUCUUAUUUUCGCCAAUGUCAACAAGGAGGAUAUUCUGUUGAAGGAAGAUCUUGACAAAUUGGCUGCGGAAGACAAGGGAUUCAGAGUUUACUACGUUUUGAACAACCCACCAGAGAACUGGGACGGUGGUGUUGGAUUCGUAACUCCUGAAAUGAUAAUUGUACGUUUCCCUGAGAUCCACAAUUCCCCCAAGGCUUACUAACCUGAAAUAUAGAAAUGGCUUCCCAAGGCCGCAGAUGACGUGAAGCUCCUGCUUUGUGGUCCACCACCUAUGAUCAGCGCCAUGAAGAAAUCGGCCGAGUCCCUAGGUUUCCAGAAAGGAAAGCCAGUUAGCAAGCUCGAGGACCAGGUUUUCGCAUUCUAGAGGGUCGUCUUUUAGAUGCUGGAAUAGAAAACUGGUUGAGAGGCAACGGGUAAAUAGUGUUGGGUGGGUGUGAGGCGGACAUACAACUAAUGGUCCCUUGAGUGAUAUACUAGCACGGAGUUGGGAUCUGGGUUCCAGAGUAGAUAAGAUAAUCAUGCCAAUAAAAUUUCAACAUAUUA